UACCCAAUUACGCCGUCUCCACGUUACAGAAACGUUGUAGACCCAUUUCUCCAUUCUUCAAAACAGUCCUCCAACAAUGGACUUCGCCACCAACAAGAUGGCCACCACCACCACCAACUACUCCCCUUCCUCCUCCUCCACUUCCACCUCCUCCACUCCCCACCCAACCACCACCACCACCACCACAACCGCCACCUCCUCCGAUCCAAUGCAUUCCUGGUGGGAAUCAAUCUCCAAAGCCCGUUCCCGUAUCCUCUCCCUCUCCUCCCUCCUCCCAUCAGAUCCUCACUCUUCCUUCUCCAUCUCCUCACUCGCCGACUCCGAUCGUCCCGCCCUCUCCUUCCUCUCUUCAAUUGAAGCCUACAAUCUCCUCUCUUCAGCUCUCUCAAACCCUGGUUCUGGCUCCGGUUCUGACCCGCUCUGUCAAUGGCUUUACGAAACGUUUCUAUUACAGGAUACCCAUCUCCGGUUCGUUGUUCUUUCUUUUAUUCCUCUGCUUCUGGGUUUGUAUUUGUCGAGAAUUCACUCGUCUGAUUCUGCCUCAAGUCCUUCACUUGCUGGGUUUGAAGCUGUUCUUCUUGCUAUUUACUCCUCUGAAGCUAAAGCCCGCGGCGGUAAGGCCGUUCUUGUUCAAAUUCCUGAUCUUUCUCAGCCUUCUCUUUACCAUACUCCUCGUACUAAGGUUAGUUCAACUGGGUUGUCGAGUGUCGGUCCGUCUGUUGGAGUUUUGUCUCCUCCUCUUGAGCCUCAGAUUGCUGUUAAGUCUACUAAACGGCCCAUUAUUGUUGGUGUUGUUCUUGAUUGUUAUUUUAAGCAGAUCUCUCAAAUGCCCAGUUGGUCUAAAGUUGAAUUGUGUACAUUUGCUGCUUCUUGGGCUGGUCAGGAUUGUGUCUGUAAAGAUAAAUUAGAUGUUGCUAAAGAAAUUCAUGUCGGAAUUGGUAAUGGGAAUGGAUACUUUUUAGAGAAUAAUGGAUAUGAGAACAAUGGGUAUGAGAUUGAUGAUGCUGUUGACGAAAUGGAGAAAUUGUCGAUUCAAAGAAAUGACGGUACUGAGGAAGCAGAGGCAAAAGGGGUGCGAAUCCCGUUACCUUGGGAGAUUUUGCAGCCGUUGUUGAGAAUUUUAGGACAUUGUUUGUUGGGGAUGUUGAAUUCUCAAGAUGUUAAAGAUGCAGCAUCUGUGGCAGUUAGGAGGCUGUAUGCUAGGGGGUCUCAUGAUUUGGCUCCGCAGGCUAUAUUGGCGACACGGAGUCUUAUUCAGCUUGAUAAUCGAGCUCGUGAGGCUGCUAAGCUGGCAGCAGCAGCUUCUGCUAAUGUUUCUUCCAAUGUUAACACACCAAGUAAAGCUAAGAAACCAGAAAUUCUUUUGGUUUCGAAGUAGGCUGUGACGGAUUUGCUUGGAAGGUAAUUGAUAAUCUAUGGCCAAUUAUAGUUAGUUGUAUGGUGUUGUAUUUGUAUCUGAUGUACAAGAGAUUAUCUGUACAAAUGCAUGAUAGUGUUUGCUUCUACUCUUCUUAUUGCUAUGUGAGUUCUUUUUAUAUCGGACAUUCUUAUUAAUACAAUUUUAUUUUCCUUUA